UUUGCGUUAUUGUUAUUGUAAAGAAAAAAUAGAGUGUGUGGAGUGGUAUAUAAAAAAGACCCACCCCCAAAAAAGAGAGUGUGGGGGUGUGUAUAUGUUGUCUAUACGAAGUUUACGUGCUUUUUUUGUGUAUGUGUGUGUCUGUGUGCGUCUGGGUGUUGGUAGAAUGAAAGAAAGAAGAUAUUGGAUGAGAGUGUACCAUGCUCUCUGAUUGGAUGGGUACGUUAAUAAAACAAUAUUUAUCCCUUCCAAAAGCAUUUGUUUAUAUUGUGGCUGUUAUUUUUUUUUCGUAUAGUAACACGAGACGCUACGCAUAUUUGCCUAUAUAUAGGCCGUACAUGUAACUACGAAUAUCAGUCUACGAGAUGAACUUCCCUAAAAAGGAUCGUAAGCGUAAGAGUGACAGUUCGUUCGGCGCACGGACUUCUUCUUCUUCCGAGCCUAUAGCCGUACUCGUACCAUCGAAUACGUCGUUUUUAGAUUCACCGUCUAUGCAACUGCAAACUAAAAGUAAACGUCGUCGAAGAGGGAAUAGAAGUUCGUCGAUUGAUUUGAAUGAAGAAAAGGUUAAUUCAUUGUUUCUCAAGAAAAGAAGUUUGACGAGAUGUGCUAAGCAGUAUGGAAGCGUAUUGCCAAUCUUCGAAGAACUCCCAUCGGAUUGGGAUAUGCUAACUUUUAAAAUAGUGAUGCCUAACAACAUUAUAAAAGAUUUAAUUAAUUUAACAGUCUUUUAUUCGACUCAGGAUUUUAUACCAGCAAUAGAUACGUCCAUGUAUCUACCAUACAUGGAUGUUAAGUUAAUUAGAGAUCUUCAAGAAAGAUCCGUUGCUAAAAGUUUGAUGGUAGUGCUCAAGAAAACCAUCGAGAAGUUAGACUCGAAGAUAUUGUUGCCACUAAGAAAAGAUAUGGAUAGAAGCAAAUUAUUUUACUACCGCUCUGGGAAGAAUAUUUCAAUUCAACCUAAUGUUUUGCAACCCAUUAUAUUAGAGAGUAUUACAGUUAUGAAACCAGUAUGGAAUAUUGGUUUUAAUCUAUUCAAUGGAUAUACAUUACCGUAUUAUUAUCCGUACAAAUAUAUAGCCACCAAGACUCACCGACCCACUGUUGGGAACAGUGCUAUGCUCGAAUAUUUUAUGAUACCAGCAUUAACGUCGCAGGAGGUCCGAAACAACAUCAAGGAAUUCUUACACGAAACUCCAUCUGAUCAACAGGAUGUUAUGGUGAAUCAAAUCGUAGAAAGCAUCAAGACGGUUUGUACCCUUCCCAUGUUUACAACCGACGACGAUUUAUGGAACGUGUUUUCAAAAUUCGUCAUCAGUCAGAAAAACGAUUUGGAUUCCAUGAGCAGCAUUGUCGAAAGUAUGUGUGCAUAUCCAGCCAUUUGGGAACAACCACACGUGUACGCAAGCGGUGUGCGGAGUGUGAAUGCGCAAGUUCCUUGGGACUUUCUGAAGGAAUUUUUGACUAAUAUUUUUUUUUCGUGUAAAAAUGAGGGUAAUCAACUGGACACUUCUUUACUCGAAGCUUCUUUUUUCUUUUACGUCAUUUAUAGUGUAAUUCGAUACAGUGAUCCCAUGGAUUGUACCUUUAUUAUCGAAUGCACAAAUGUACAAGUAUUGGCAGAAUUCUAUUUGAGGAUGCGACCUAUACUAAAUCCCUUUAACAUGAAGCUGAAUACUCCAGCUUCCUUAUUUAUGGUGAGGCAUAACAUAAAGUCUAUCGUCGAUUCAAACUUUGGCACUGUCAAUGAGAACAUGAAACAUGCACAAGAAGGCAAACGCACUGCUGUGGGGUUCGCUCACGUUGCAAGGCAUACUAUUACAAAUCCAAAAACCUCUAAUAGAGGAAAUAAAAAAAGUUUCAUAUUUCAUCUUACGAAUUUUUGGGAAUCUGGUCAAGACGAAGCCUUUGCCAAUAGGUUCUUGCACCCACAAAUCUUCAUUGAUAUAAUGAAUACUCUUAUGAGUAUUUAUACUAAUACAAACGUUGAAGACAUUACGGACACUCGUCUACAUAUGUGGUCUAAACAAUGUCUUAGUGAAGUACUUAAUUCAAUCCGUAUAUUCACGAGAAUAAUGCCAUCAAGCAACAAUUGUGUCGCCGCUGCUGCUGCUGCUGCUGUUAAAAGCAAUGAGAAGGAAACACCUCAAACUUCUGCUGCAAUACAAGUGUCAACGGACGAUCCAGAGGAUCAGGUUUUUCAAGAUGUGCGAGAUCGCAUUAACCAAUUGACAGAAUCUUCGGAUCCCUGGGGAGGAUGUGACGAAGACAUGGCAUGGACAUCGAGAAUCGACAACGCUUCGAAUGAAAAACCAAUGCUGGGGGUAGGGGGUUCCGAAGAGGAAAAAGAAGGGCUCGAUAAGCCGACCGAACAUGGUAUUGACAACGCAGUAGAAGAUGGCAAGGAAUAUCAGGCUGCGAUUACCCAAGUUCGCAAAGACAACGAAGAAGAGUGCAUAACACAAGUUGUAAAAAGCUAUGACGGACAACCGAUAUGCCAGGAAGAGUCCCAAUAUCAUGGAAGCGAAAGAGCGCUUAUUGGUAACGAUGGCAUAGUUAUUCAAGAUUGCCAAUACGAUAAAGAGUGUGAUAUACAAUUCAUGACUAAUGGGGAAGAAGAAAUGUGUGACAAACAUAAGCGCUACUCUGAAGCAGGCGCUUGUGACAACGUUGAACUCUAUGAUAAAGUUAAUGGAGAUAUCGACGACCGACCAGCACCCCCUUUGGUGGACGAGGUGUCCUGGCAACCACCACUCAAUCUUGACGAUGUUCUGAAACGUAUGUCAAUAAUUUAUUGUAUAACAUAGUUUUAUGAUUGUUUUAUUUAUUUGUCUAUUUAUCUACAUUACAGAAUCCAUUGCCGAGUGUGAUUUACCUUGCAAUGAAGAUGUCGGCUGUAACGAAGAUGCACCCUGCAUGCAAGGUACACCAUGUCCUAGCUCGUCAAAAGAACCUGGUACAUCGAUUAUCAACAGGGUGGCUAUUAAUAACGUAUGCAAGCGAAGAUUAGCAGAAGAAUUAUUUCAAGGUAUCCAUACAGACUCUGAGUUUAAUUUUGACCCUUGAUUACUAAAGAGAGGAUGAACAAGUCUUAUAUUGAAGAUCUAAUCAAAUACGGUUUUGAUAGUAAUGACAGUAUUGACGAUUGUUUAUCACAAUCGUCAAUAUAUGAUACAUUAAUUGACGAUAGCGUCUAUAGUGAUACUUAUUGUGACAAUGCGGACGAUGAUAAUGACAAUACAUCGUAUUAUAAUCGAGUCAAGAAUGAUGAUGAAAACGACGUGGACGACAAUGAAAACGACGUGGACGACAACGAAAACGAAAACGACAUCGAAGACGAAGAAAAAAAAUGUGAAAUUGAAUUUUGUAAAGACAUCCCACCAUGUAAAAACAUGAAGAUAUAAGUGUGAUUUCAAUAAACAUUUAUGAAAAAAUAA